GCGGCAGUACCCUUCUCUCUAUCUUUAACAAUGGCCACAGCGCAUGCAGAUAUAAUUGAAGAGGAGGAGGAGGAGGUUUCCAAGAUUGAACAAGGCCUACCCCCAUCUACCACCGCUGACGCAAGUGCUAACAACACUGUUGGUCCUUGCCUAUCAACUUCUUUUGUGAGCAUCACACAAAAGCUGAUAGCUGAGGUUAUUGGCACCUAUUUUGUGGUAUUUGCUGGCUGUGGAGUCGUUACUGUGAACAAGAUCUAUGGCUCUGUCACCUUCCCAGGCAUAAGUGUGACUUGGGGUCUAAUAGUAAUGGUUAUGAUCUAUACAGUUGGUCAUAUCUCUGGAGCACAUUUCAAUCCUGCCGUCACUAUCACUUCUGCUAUUUUUCGCCGAUUUCCUUUCCGGGAGGUACCCUUAUACAUAGUUGCUCAGGUGUUGGGAUCAAUUCUUGCUAGUGGCACACUAGCUUUAGUGUUUGAUGUAACUCCAAAUGCAUACUUUGGAACAGUACCAGUUGGAUCAAAUGUGCAGUCAUUAGUUAUAGAAAUCAUCAUCACCUUCCUCCUCAUGUUUGUUAUCUCUGGCACUACCACUGAUCAUAGAGCGGUGGGAGAGCUAGGAGGCAUUGGUGUUGGCAUGACUAUACUAUUGAAUGUAUUCGUCGCAGGGCCGGUUUCAGGAGCAUCGAUGAACCCAGCAAGGAGCAUUGGGCCAGCAAUAGUUAAGCACGUAUACACAGGAUUAUGGGUGUAUAUAGUGGGCCCAAUUGUUGGAGCCAUAGCAGGAGCUUUUGCUUAUAACUUGCUCAGAACUCCAGAAAAGCCACUCGAUGAGUUAGCUAACAAGGGAAUCCUCAAAAACAGCAAUUCAAGGAAUUAAAUAUUCAUCCAUUCUU